CUCCAGCUAUAGUACCUGGUUCACGCUUAACAUUUCAAAUACGUGUUUAGUUAAGUUGUAGGGCAAGGCAAUAUGGCGGAAGCUGCUGUUGUGGAGUCUCCAAUUCAGAAAUUUUUUUGUCAUAAAUGCACGCAAGAAAUCAACCUUGUUUUGCCUGACUUCACAUGCCCACGUUGCCAGAGUGGGUUCAUUGAAGAGCUGUCAGAGGGACUCCAUGAUAAUGCAAGUGAAGAUCCUGAUGAAGAUUUUGACAUGGAAUACCAUAUUAGGGAGGUAGGUAGAGCCAAACUAGAUAUUAUGGGUAAAUACUAAAGUAAGUUUGUUUUCCAACCUGGUGGAGAUGUAAUAAAGGCUAGAUUUUGCCCUUUGAAGGUUCAAAACACAUCACCAAGUGGAGGUUUGGACCUUUGAUAGUACUAAUUUGCAUAAUUUACUGAUGAUGUAAUAGUAAUUGCUAGUUUAUAUUUGAUUGAAAAUCCUUUUAGUUUGCAAGAAAUCCAUAUAAAUGAAAUAAAUUUAUUCACAUGUAGUUAAAAAAUUCAUUAUAACACAAGUAAUCAUAUUUUUAUAUUUGAAAUAAAAGAUGCCUGUUGUUUAUGUAUUUGAUGCUACAUGGGAUACUUGUAUUGCUACAUACAAGAAGCUUGUAUUGUCAGUUAAAAGAACAGCAGCUGAUUUAAACAAAAUGGAUUUUAUUCAGCAGUCACUAUUCCAAGCAGGUAAAUAGUGAGUCUUUUUAAAAUAAAGUUGUUGAUAAAUUAAAUGCACCUAAUAAACAUAAUGAUAAAUAAAUAGCUAAAUAGAACAGAGUAACAUUAACAUUUUGGAUAGAUGACAAUAAAAAGUUACAGGAGAAAGUGUUAUUAUCAGUUACAGCCUUUGUUUUUAUCAACAUUUUUGUUUAAUUAUACAUACACUUUGAAUAAAGACAUCAGCCAAAUGGAUAAAUAUUAAUAAAGAUAAAUAUAAAUAAGCAGCAAAACAGAACAGAGUAAACAGUAACACUUUAAUAGAAAAUAAAUAUGGCCCUUCUUAUGUCUUUUAUGCUAGAUAUGCAGUGCAUUUUAUUGAACCAAUAUGGCUGCUAAAAGUACCCCCAUGCUUCAUCAUAAUGAUCUGCUGUGAUGUAUGUAAGGAGCCAGUGUUGAAUUCAGGGGGUGUACAGGAGGAAUCCCCUCAUGCAAACAAAUCCCCCCCCCCUGAAGUACAGUAUCUGAGCCAGUGUUGAAUUUAGGGGGGUGUACAGGAGUAUCCCCCAUGCAAACAUAUUCCCCCCCCCGUAGUACAG